UGGCCGCGCUUGCGCCCCACGGCCCACUGAUGGCGGCGCCCGAGGAGCCGCUGAGGCGGCGGAAGGCCGGGGGCCCGGCCCCGGGGCCUGGGGCGCCGUCCAGCCCCGGGCGUGACCCCGCGGGCUGCCCGGCCCGCCUCCGCGCGGGCACCUUCUGGCUGACCAGGGUCGUGAUCCUGAAGGCCCUCGCUUUCGUUUACUUUGUGGCGUUCUUAGUGGCUUUCCACCAGAACAAACAGCUGAUCGGAGACAGGGGACUGCUGCCCUGCAGAGUGUACCUGAGGAGUGUACGGCAGUACUUCCAGGGCCAGGCCGGCUGGGCCGCACUGAGCUAUGCGCCCACUGUGCUCUGGCUGCUGGACUGGUCUCACAUGGACGCGAACCUGGACGCCCUCGCGCUUCUGGGGCUGGGCAUCUCGGCCUUUGUGCUGGUCACCGGCUGCGCCAACAUGCUUCUCAUGGCUGCACUCUGGAUCCUCUACACGUCCCUGGUCAACGUGGGACAGGUCUGGUAUUCAUUUGGGUGGGAGUCCCAGCUGCUGGAGACGGGAUUCCUGGGCAUUUUCCUGUGCCCCUUUUGGACCCUCUCUCGGCUGCCCAGGGGGACACCCACAUCCCAGAUCGUCCUGUGGGGUUUCCGGUGGUUGAUCUUCAGAAUCAUGCUUGGAGCAGGCCUAAUCAAGAUCCGCGGGGACCAGUGCUGGCAGGACCUCACCUGUAUGGACUUCCACUAUGAGACGCAGCCGGUGCCCAACCCCAUGGCCUACUUCUUGCACCACUGCCCAUGGUGGGUGCAUCGCUUUGAGACGCUCAGCAACCACAUCCUGGAGCUCCUGGUGCCCUUCCUCAUUUUCCUCGGGCGGCGGAUGCGCAUCCUGCAUGGAGCCUUGCAGCUCCUGUUCCAGGCAGUCCUCAUAGUCAGUGGGAACCUGAGCUUCCUGAACUGGCUGACCAUGGUGCCCAGCCUCGCCUGCUUCGAUGAUGCCACCGUGAGCUUCCUGUUUCCCUCUGGGCCUGGCGGCCUCAAGGACCAGGUCCUGAAGAUGCAGGAGGAGGAAGCCCAGGGGGCCCAGCUGAGACACGGCUGCAUGGCACGGCGCGCAGUCCACCUGGCACUGGGCGUCCUGGUCGCCUGGCUCAGCGUCCCCGUGGUGCUCAACCUGCUGAGCCCCCAGCAGGUCAUGAACGUCUCCUUCAACCCCCUCAGGAUCGUCAACACAUACGGGGCCUUCGGGAGCGUCACCAGGGAGCGUGUGGAGGUCAUCCUUCAGGGCACGGCCAGCCCCAACGCCAGCGCGCCGGGCACCGUGUGGGAGGACUACGAGUUCAAGUGCAAGCCCGGCGACCCGUGGCGGAGGCCCUGCCUCAUCUCCCCCUACCACCACCGCCUGGACUGGCUCAUGUGGUCUGCGGCUCUCCAGACCUACGAACAUAACGAGUGGGUCAUCCACCUGGCAGGCCGGCUCCUGGCCAACGAUGCCCAGAUUCUGUCCCUGUUGGCCCUCAACCCUUUUGAGGGCAGGGACCCCCCCAGGUGGGUCCGAGGGGAACACUACAGGUACAAGUUCAGCCGGCCGGGGGGCAGGCAUGCCGCCGAGGGUAAGUGGUGGAUCCGGAAGAGGAUCGGCCCCUACUUCCCACCACUCCGCCUCCGGGACCUGAAGCCCUACUUCCGGGCGCAGGAGUGGCAUUACCCGGAGCCCGAGUAGAAACUGCCCAGGACCCCUGAAAUAAAGCUGCUCUGAGCAAGGCCGGCCUCCUCCCCAGCCCCGCCCUGCGCCCUGCACCUGGAGAAGCCCACCCAAGCAGGGCCCCUGGGGCUGCACUGCGCCCCCCACCCCCGUUUCCCCAGCGGCCCCUGGCCCCGGUUUGGGCUGGGGCCACUGGCACCUGCGGAGCCAAGGUCGCGGGCUCCCUGCCUCUGCUCUCCACAGCCCCGUGUUGUGCCCCCUCCUGGGAAGGGCCUGGGUGGGAUGAGGCCUCCCUGCCUUGGAACCUGCACACGCCCCCACACGCCCUGCUUUCCUCCCCAGGACCAGUGCCCAAGGUGUGGACAGAAGCCCUUUGUCCCUCCUUGUGAGGACCACCCCCACAGGGCCCUGAGUUUGUGACCAUGUCCCCCAGUCUCACGCCGUGUGGGCGGGGAGGGGAGGUGGGCAAGCGACCACAGCGGUGACCUGGGGCCUGGUCACCACAGAAUCUGCGGUGACCCUCUGCGUCCUGCUGCAGUGAGAACCAGGCUGUGGGCCAGAGCCUUCUGCCUCCUGUUCUGGGGGGGCAGUGCUCCCUUCUCCCCCAGCCUGGCAGGAGCAGCCCCCGAGCCCGAUCGUCCAGGGCACCCGGCCACACUGUGGAGGGUCCCAGCGGGUAUGAGGGGUUCAGGCAGGAGGCCAAGCUGAGGUGGCCACAGUGCCCUUCUGUGUAAAGCCCCCAGCCUGGGGGCCCACCGGCCCAGGUGCCAACAGGGACGCCGUGUUCCUGCCCACAAGGAAACAGGCAGCCUGUGUCUGUCGCAGGACAGACAGGGCCUCAGACAAGGAGCCCGGAGCCGGCAAGUCUGCCCGGCAGCCAUGUGGAGCUGACCGCCUGCCCACCGUGGCUGGGCAGCCCCAGCUUGGGGGCUGUCCUGGGGACUCUGCUGAUGGGCAGACGCCAGGAUGGGCAGGGGGCCUACAGAGGCUCUGUGCCUCGGCUCGGGGUGGCGCUCCAUACCCACUGCCCAGAACCACAGGCAGCCACUCCACCGGACCGUGUCAGGUGUGCCAGGAGCCAGGGUGGGACUGUCCACAGCCCUGCUCCGCACCCUGGGCUUGCCGCCUCCCAGGACCAGCACCCCAGACUGUGGGCGCCUCUCGGGUCCUUGCUUCAGCCAUUCCCCCAAGUCUCCCAGGUCCCCCCAGACAGUCAUAGGAGGCCAUGCAUGUGCCUAUGGGCACAGCAGGACUGGAGCCAGUGGCAGAAGUGGCCCUCGGGGGCCCUACGCCCAUACAUCCUCAGGACAGACAUCUGCCCAGCAGGCCAUCACUGGGGACCCCAGGCCCAGGCUCUCAGGGUGCCGUGACUGGAGUGAGGCUCAUGACCUCACCCUCCACCCCCAGAGCCUGCCCUGAGGCUGGCACCCUCUCAUCCAGGAGUCUAGGCAGAAGCCCUUCUCCCCCCAGAACUCUCCCACAGCCCCUGCCUCCCUGAGUGUGACCAUGGGGUCCCCGCCUGCCCCAGUGUCCUCUGCUCCCCCACCCGCACCCUCUGGCCGCCUACCCUGCCUACCCCAGACCCCCCAGCUGCCCACAAUCGCUGUCCCCCAGUGUCAGGUGCACCCUGUGGGGUCUCAGGCAGGAUGAAUCACAGAGGGGUCCCGUAGGUGAGGGACCAAGCCCCCCACAGUAGGAAACAGGUACCAUGCCAAAUGGAACAGGCUCCACAUGACACCCAAGUCUGUGUGAACUGAGCUUCUGCAGCCCAAGGGCAUGUCUGAGGCCAGCAGGGGCUCCCAAAUGCCAGGACCAUUGCCCACUCACAGGGUGGGACCUGGCCCUGGGCAGGGACAUCCCCAAAGGGAAGGACAUAUCAUUCACUGAGGAUUUUCGCUCAAUGACACGACACAUUUUCGGCACCUGCUGAGUCCAAGCACAUGUGCCUCUCAGCCGCUCCAGGUGGAGGCCUUCUGGGAGUGUCCUCGCAUCCUGGGGUGGUGCCCCUGUCCCCCAGGCAGGUUCUGGCAGCACAGAGCACCUCCAGCCUGCUGCUUGCAGGAGGGGCAGAAGCUCAGACCCCAACGGUGCCAAGUCAGGGACCAUCACCAUCAUGAGUGGCCCCUGAGGAUGAGGCUUGCUCAUGGCCAUGGCCCCCUUCUGCACCCCUGGUGCACCAGCUCGGCCACCCAGCCGACCCCCUGCCCCGCUCUCAGAUGGAUGGGCUUUUGUGGUCAUUAUCUCCCUUCCCAGGUUCCCAUUCUUCUUGGGCUGUAAACUUCAUUUCCACCCCCAUCCUGACUGCUGGGAAUGCGGCAAAGGCCCCGGCAUCCUGUGGGCUCUGUGGGCACCGUGGGCCUCCUGGGACCCACACUCCAGAAGCGCUGACUUCCCCUUAACCCCUCAGAGAGGGGGUCAGUCUCCAGAUGAAUGGAUGUGGGGGCUGUCCCCCAUUUGUUCUGAGUUUUAUCACAUGUUUGCCACUACCAGCACCCCUCACCCCACAGCUCCAGCACCGCGGGGGCUGGCGAUGCCCCUUUCGGAAGUGAACCCAAAGCAGCCACUUGGGUCCCCCUGUGCUGACAGGCUCGCCUGCUCAGCAGCACGAUGCCCUCCCCGCGCGCCCCCUGGUGGCCCCCCUGCCCCAUGUCCACACACUGUAAACUCGACGUGGGACCUUCUGCCCAGGCGUCCAGAGACGUCCCGCGAGGGGGCAGUCGCAGAUCAGCAAGUCGGCCUCUCAACUCCUGAAGUAAUUAAUAAAAUUGACAAACUUCUAGCUCAACUGACAGAGAAAAAAAAUGUGCAAAUAACUAAAAUUUUUUAAAGGAGGGGCUGACUACCGACCUUCCCGGGACGAAAAGGAUUAUAAGAGUACUGGGAGCAGUUGUCCACUUGAACGUAAAAGACCAGGAAAGACGGACAAAUUCUGAGGUAUGUGAGCUCCAAAGAGUGACCCUGGAGGAAAAAAGAGCCUGAAAAGAUCUGCAAGCAAAGAGACUGAAUCAGACGUCAGAAACCUCCCAGCACAGAAAAAUGCCAAGUCAGAUGGCGCCGCUGCUGGAUUCGACCAGAGAUUUCAGGAAUCAACCCUUGUCCCUCCCGGACUCUCCCAAAAAAUCAGCAGAGGAGGGAACACAUCCUCCUGGCAAGGCCAGCACUACCCUGACAAUGACGCGCCCUCUGCGUGCAGGUGCAGGCGCCCCCAACAGCGUGCCAGCAAAUCAGGAGGGCACGCCCUGGGGCAAGCGGGAUCUGUCCCAGUGGCUCACACAGUGCACCACUUUAAGGGAACACGAGGGAACCAAACAUGGUCGUCUCAGCUGAUGCAGAGGGCAUCUGCGAAAACCCAGCGCCCUGUCCUGAUGGAAGCCACUCAGAAAGCAAGGAUAACGGUACUUCCCAACAUAAUGAAAGACGUUUUUGAAAAACAGCCGACACCCUGCUGGACAGUGAAAGUGAAAACCCCGCAGGAGAUCGGGACCCAGACAAGGAUGCCCGUCCUCCCCAGGGCCAGCCGGCAUCACCCCAGGUCUAGCCGGAGUACUUAGUCAAGAAAGACAAAUAAAAGGCUGUGGACUCGGAGAGGAGAAAGUAAGACUUCUUUGUUCACAGACAAAUGGUUCCGCACAGAAAAGCUCAGUGACCCACCGAACACUAGCAGAGCUGAUGAACCAACUCAGUAAAGCUGCAGGACACAAGAUCGACACACAGACACCCAGUAUGUCUACACACCAGCAGGGAGGGAACAAUCGCAGCUGCAACAGCCACCGAAAGAACAGCACACCGAGGAAUGAAUUUCACCGGGGAGGGAGAGACUUGUACCCCACAAAGGCUCCGAUGCUGCUGAAGGGCACCAGGGUGCCCGGAGGGACAGAGAGGCACCUGCGUGAGCAGAGGACUGUCGUGAAGAUGGCCGCACCGCCUGGGGCAGCCCACAGAGUGAUGGCAUUGCCGUCACAGUUCCUACAGCCUUUUUGCAGAAAUGGAAAAGCCAGUCCUCGACUUCAUAUGGAAUCGCAA